AUGCCGGCCUUCCCCACCAACGAAACCAUCGCCACAACCGGCCUCAACGAGGACGACACCAUCCGCUCAACAAACGACGACGCUUCCAUCUCUCGGCUCGCGGCGGUCAAUCUCGGCUACCUUCCCGACCCCUACGCAAAGCACUUCGUCCGGCGGGCUCAAAAGCGGCCCCCCGUCAUUAACAGAGGAACAUUUGCACGGUCAAAGGCGCUGGAGACACUCAUAGAUCAUUUCUUGGCGAGCGGGGACGGAAACCCGCAGGGGAAACAGAUCGUUAGUUUGGGAGCUGGAUCGGAUACGAGAUAUUUUCUCUUGAAGUCAGCAGGCCGGCAACCUCGAAAGUAUUUCGAGAUUGACUUCCCAGAGAUCGUCUCAAAGAAAGGGCAGACGAUCGCCAAAAACCCGCCGUUGACAAAGCUCGUAGGGCCGUUCAAGAUCGAGCGCGGCGGCCUAGAACUCCACGGAUUGGACUACCACCUCAUCUCCGGCGACCUCCGCACCUUCUCCGACCAGCUCAUCCCCCGCCUCAACUCGCUCGGCCUCGAUUCCACUCUUCCAACCCUCUUCCUAUGCGAAUGCGUGCUGAUAUACCUCCAACCGGCGCUCUCACGGACAAUCCUAAGCGCUACAUCCACGCUGGUCCGUGAAGGCGGCGGCGGCGGCGUGUUUGUAGUGUACGAGCAAAUCCACCCCGACGAUGCAUUCGGCCGCGUGAUGGCGCAAAACCUGCGGUUGCGGGGGAUUGAUUUGUUGGGAUGGAGCGAAUGGCCGGAUCUGGAGGCGCAGAAGCGAAGGUUCAAGGAGUGUGGGUGGGAUGCGGGUCGGGCGGUGGAUAUGAAUAUGUUUUGGGAGAGUUUGGACCUGGAGGAGAGGGAGAGGAUAGCGAAGUUGGAGAUUUUUGAUGAGGUGGAGGAGUGGCAGCUUCUGUCGGACCAUUAUUGCGUUUCAUGGGCGGUAAUACCGGGGACGGGGGAUAAGCUUGAUGGGAUUGGGCUUUGUCGGAGCUAA